AGGACUGCUAGGAAGAGGACUUCGAAAAGGCAAAAUGUCUGGAAGGCUGCGGUGCAAGGCCAUUUUUGCUGGCUAUAAGUGUGGUCUCCGGAACCAAAGGGAGCACACGGCUCUCCUUAAAAUUGAAGGUGUCUAUGCCCGAGGUGUUACCAAUUUCUACUUGGGCAAGAGAUGUGCUUAUGUAUACAAAGCAAAAAAUAACACAGUGACUCCUGGCGGCAAACCUAACAAAACCAGAGUAAUCUGGGGAAAGGUAACUCGUGCUCAUGGAAACAGUGGCAUGGUCCGUGCCAAAUUCCGAAGCAACCUUCCUGCCAAGGCCAAUGGACACAGGAUCCAUGUGAUGCUGUACCCCUCCCGAAUUUAA